AUGGCAGCGCCGGCCGACGUGGCGCGCCGCGGUGCGCUGAUCCUCCUGGAAGGCGUGGAUCGGUGCGGCAAGUCAACACAGGCAAAGAUCCUUGCGCAACACCUGAACGGCGCGCUGCAGAACUUUCCCGAUCGCACCACGUCCAUCGGGUCCACGAUCCAUGCGUACCUCUCGAACGCGUGUGACAUGAACGACCAGGCGAUCCAUCUCUUGUUCAGUGCGAAUCGAUGGGAGCUGUCCGGCAAGCUCUAUGAUCUACUCAACCAAGGCACGCACGUUGUCCUCGAUCGGUAUUGCUACAGCGGGGCUGCGUUCACCGCAGCGAAGGAGAAACCUGGGCUGAGCCUGGACUGGUGCAUGCGCCCCGAAAUCGGCCUUCCUCGCCCGGAUGUCGUCAUCUUUCUCGAUAUCUCGACGCAGGAUGCUGCCCAACGCGCAGCCUACGGCGAGGAACGGUACGAGAAGCGGGAAUUCCAAGAACGAGUGCGCGCCAACUUCUUCCGCAUCAUGGAGACCGAAGCUGUCAAAAACUCUCCCUGGCACGUGCUCGAUGCGACAAAAUCCAUCGAUGAACUGCACGCGACGAUUCGCGACGUCGUGGAUGCCGUCAUCGCUCGAGUCGAGCGCACUCCGAUUCGAGUCAUCGAAUAAAGCAGAAAUUGACCACGGCCAGCACAUGUGGAGCGCUUUGAUGGAACUGCAGCACCAUUUCUCCGGAACAACCUGCACGCCUUGCUGGCCGACGCCGCUCCAUGAUCGAGACGGACCUCGGCACAGGCCGACCUUG